GCCAAAUAAUUGCGUAUCUGAAGAGAGUGUAUUAUUCUCUUUAACAAUAUCGGAUAACCUUGAUGCUUAUCGGAUCCUUACGAGACAUUGGCUAGUGAUAGGCACUGCGUCCUUCGAGCUAUAUAAAUACGAGACCGAUUUGAUCACACCCUGUACAUUUGUAGUUUGCGUGAACCUUUGCCUUCUUUGGUUAGAGACAACUUGACCUCUACUAGAUAAGAUUUUGAUGGGAGUAUAUAAGCGCCAGUAUGAUCUAAUCUAAUUACAGUCUUGAAUGGAAGUCAAGAAUUCCAGCUAAUACAGAAGGUUUUCACUUAUCAAGAUGCAUUUCGGGGCUGCGUUCGCAUUCUUAGGCCUCGCCUCCAUGGUUUGUGCCUACAGCGAUCACCGCGUCGCCAGCCUAAUUGGUGAUGUCACCGCCGGUAACUAUGGUGGGGCUGUCCAGACCGCAUUUGAACUGGAGAGCGAGUACAGGGACGACCUCAUCAAAGAAGCUAUCGAUGGACUCUUCGAAAACAACGUGAGGAACUUAUUCGAUUUCGCCUAUAGGCUCAAUCGUGAUGGGGGAUUUAUGAUUGUCAGGGAAUCCUUCCCCGUGGAAGUUGAAAGGAUCCUCGACGAAAGAUUUAUGAAAUUGAUGAAUAGACAAGACAAUCUCGCUUUAAAGCUGGCCAGCACAGUUGACGAAGGCGGUGACAGGAUGGCUUACGGGGACGGCGCAGGAUACAUUACGAGAAAUAUUGCUUGGAAAUUUACGCCUCUUUGGGAAAACAACGGCCUAUACUUCUAUAUCUUCGGCGUCGAACGCAACCAAUACCUGAAGUUAGCUUACAGUCCUGACAGCGCGGGAGAUCAUACAGCAUAUGGGGGUGACAGCCCCACAGAUAACAGAUACCGGUGGUAUUUGGUACCCGCGAGAAUUCAAGGUAGGAACUUAUACUACAUCGUCAACAAAGAAUUCAACCAGCCUCUGAAGUUAGGCCGUGCGCUUGACUGGGCACACGAUCGUGUAGCGUAUGGACACAAUGGCGAUUUCCACGGGAACCCUGAGCAGUUCGGCUGGUACAUCACUGAAUACUAAGCCCGAUAAUUUUGUUUAGUACCAAACCUGUCGCGAAAUGUUUUAAUAAAUUUAAACGAAUCGCAAACAGUCUAAA